AUGGAAUCACCAAGGACCAAGAAAGAAGUUCAAAAGUUGACAGGCAGGGUAGCCGCCUUAAGCAGGUUCAUGUUUCGAGCAGCAGACAGGUGCUUCCCCUUCUUCAAAGCCCUGAGGGCCAUGUCUCAGAAUGCAGUGAGUGGUGUUUUGGUGAAAGAGGUUAACAGGGCCCAGCAACUCAUUUAUUACAAACCAGACGUCUCAGAAAGAUUACUCAAGUGGGCAAUUGAACUCGAAGAAUUUGACAUAGAGUUCAAGCCCCAUCUAUCUAUGAAAGCUCAGGCCUUAGCUGAUUUCAUUGCAAAACUCACCCCAAGGCCUCGGGGGCCAGACGGUAGCUCUAGCUCUUUUACAGGCAUGUGGCAAAUUUUUGUAGAUAGAGCAUCAAACUCUUCGGGCUCUGGUGCAGGGAUCAUAAUCAUAAGCCCAAACAUGCUCAAAGACAUUCAGUGUGUACUCAGGUUCGAAUUUGAGGCAACCCUGCCUAGAAAGUUCAAGAGUUGUGAAAUUGUGAAAAUUACUCGGGCUGAGAAUUGUAAAGUCGAUGCCUUGUCAAGAUUGGUGUUCAUGGGGAUAGAUAGGCUGGACAGGACAGUCCAUGUUAGAAUUGUAACCGAGCCAAGCAUCAAUCAGAUCGUAGGCAUCAUGGAUAUUGAUAAUGAGUUAUCAUGGAUGGAUCCAAUAGUGGACUUCAUAAAACAUGGCAAUCUUCCAGAAGAUCCUCGAGCAGCCCUAGAAGAAGUUUAUGAAGGAAUAUGUGGGAACCAUCAAGGAGCUCGGACAUUAGCCUUCAAGCUCAUAAGGUAUGGAUAUUAUUGGCCUACCAUGAAGAAAGCGCCCAGGAAUAUGUCAAGAAGUGUGACAAGUGCCAGAGAUUCGACAAUAUCAUCCAAUCUCCCACUGAGGACCUCACUAGCAUUAGUUGCACGACCCCGUUUGAGCAGUGAGGAAUUGAAGUUUGUGGCUGUGGUUGUAGAGUAUUUCACUAAUUGGGUGGAGGCCGAGCCUUUAGCAACGAUUUCAGAGCCUAAGUUGAGAACUUUCAUUUGGAGGUCCAUCAUAUGCAGGUUUGGGAUACCGAAAGUCCUCAUAACUGAUAAUGGCAGGCAGUUUGAUAAUGCACAAUUUAAAAACUUCUGUUCCAACCUAAGGGUUGAUCACCGUUUGACAUCGGUUUCCCAUCCUCAAAGUAAUGGUCUUGCCGAAGUGACCAAUCGGAUUAUAUUGCAAGACUUCCGUACAAGGAUUGGAGAUAUAAAAACAGCAAAGUAUUUCAAUAAAAAAGUGAGGACGCUGAGAUUCAGAGCCGGUGACCUUGUGUUAAGAAGGGUCGAAGCAGCAGGUCAUGCCCCAGGCAAGCUAGGACCAGUUUGGGAAGGGUCCUAUGAAGUUAUACAACAGCUUCAAGGAGGUGCAUACAAUUUAAGGGAUACAUCAGUAAGACCACUUCCAAGACCAUGGAAUGCCGAGAAUUUAAAAAUAUAUUACAAGUAA